AUGAGGAACUCGCACAAUAGUCAAAUGAAACUAGCCACGGAGCAGUAUCGAAUCACAGUUUUCAAGCAAUCGCUGAAGGAAGCUUCUUUAGUGGAUGAUAUUCCAAGAAAUGAUGCUGGAUGCAUGUGCGUCAAGAGACAGUGUGCGUGCUGUGUAUCCCUCCAUAUUCCUGAAUUCGAACAUCUGGCGUUUUCAGUAUGCGUUAAUGCCACAUAUAAUCCACAAACGAUAGGGUUGGAUUUAUCGAUUGGUGUUGAUGGUCACUAUAUUACUCAGGAGAUUUCCGUUCGCAAUCCACCUCCGAUUUGCUUCGCCAUUCCCUACAUGCACGAAAUCGUCGGGGUUUGUCUGGCAUUUACUAAGCUGGAUAUCUCGAAAGCUAAACACAAUCUAUCAGGGUGUGUCGAACUGGAAGCAGAAUUUCUUCAUAUGCGAUUAUGUCGAGUUAACCUUGGAUGUUUUGUUAUGCCAAUUUGA